AGGAAAGAAAGUUUAUCAGAGUUUCUUCCUAAACCUCUUAGAGAUAACAGCAUAUUUUAAUCAGAGACUUCCCCUGGGCCACAGGCCAAGAUGGAUGUGCACCUCGAUACUCCUGAGGGUCAGGAGAGCUCAAGCAACAGUGGCAAGGGGAGCAGCAGCACAGGAAACCAGCAAGAUGUUGCUAUGAGGACAGAUUCGUCCGAGAUGACUGAUGUGGAGUCUGUGGUCAACAAUUUUGCCUCUUCGGCUAGGACUGGCCGCCGGAAUGCCGUGCCGGACAUCCAGGGCUCGGCCGGGAUGGGCGGGUCCGCAGAGCUGCCCCUCAAACUGGAGGCCCUGUCCAUGAAGGAAGAUGUGCAAAAGAAAAAUGAAGAAACAACACAAAGGCAAUUGGAAACGCCGAAGAAAGAAGAAAAAUGAAGGCUCAGAAACUAUCAAAAGUACUGAAUUUCUGAACAUUGAAAGACUUAGUGGCUCUGCAUUCCUGAGAUAUUUGAUCUGGUAGUAACUAUGGUAACAUUGUAGCCCUAAGCAACAUGUAUGUAUUAGAAAAUUUCGUUGUGAUGCUACUCACUUGGAAUGCAACCAUGAUGUCCAGUGUAGGUUAUUAAAAAGCAUAUUACUUCCAAAUUGCACCCAAGGAAAAGGUUAAGAAUGUAUGGUCACUUAAAUCCGUAUCAUUAUCUAUAAACACAAAAUCCACUGCUCUCUUUUGGAUUUACUUAGCCAGAUGUAUUUUUAAUUCCAUUUUUAUGGUAAUGGAUGACUUGUUUCUUAGUAAAUAUAAAGCAAACACCAUUCAUUUAAAAAUUAUUGGAAUUUCUAAGACAUUAUGGUUUUUUGGUAGGAAGGAAUAAUGGUCGAAAACACAUAGAGAGUGUUUGUUUUCUAACCAGAAAUAUACCAUUUUUUCCCCAAACCCUAAAAGGAUUUGGAAAAAUUACAGAAGUUGGACAACCUAAAUAUCUCUAGGAUGUUUUUGUUUGAUGCAUUUUGUUUCUAGUCUAUACAUACUGUGAUUUCUUUCAUGUGGACUCUUAGAACACAAAAUCUGUGACAGAUUGUUUAUAUAGAACAUAACUAUUAAAUGAAUUUCACUAUCUUCCUUAACUUGGCUGUAUGUGUAUGCAUAUGUCUUUCUUUAAUAUUAAUUAUACAAUACAAAACACUUUACUAAUCGUUUUAUACUGUCUUUUUUUUUUUAAUUCUUAGGGCUUUUGUGUAUUGUGACAUGUUUCUAAAAUGAUUUCCUCAGGAAUGCAGACCUUCAUUUUUAUAUCUUUCCUAAAGUAGCUAACAUAAUACCUAACUACUUAGUGAAUGUUAUAGGUAGAAAUAGCAAAAUAUCUGCUUUUAAUAUAUAUUUAAGCAUAUAUUUUGAAAGAAACAAAAACAAAACCAAAGUUUUAGUAAAUUUUGAUUUAUUAG